AUGGGCAACACACCAUGGCUGGACAAUCUCUCGGACGACUGGGUCUCGACACCAGCCAGUCCUACCAGCCCCGUUCCUUCUCGAUCCCAGAACCACUCCCGCCGUUCCAGUAUCCAGAACACUCCAAGUCGCAUUCCGAUCCCCGCGCGUCGCUUGGCCGAACAACAGUCGCCUGCCAAUGGAAAGAAGAAAGUGACUCGACCCUGCCAUUUUUACAAGAAAGAGCCCCCGACGCCUAAAACUCCCAGAACGCCGAAGACUCCGUCGAAGUUGAGAUCACCGGUCCCGGACAAAACAAGGAAAAGCCCCAGGCCCAGUCUGCCUUCCGGGCGUAAACAACAGCCGGCCAUGGAUUCUAGAUCGCCGUUGCGGUCUGUCUCUAAUGUCUCCAGCCCGUCCGGCCAGCAGGAUACUGUUCAAGUGAGACCAAACAAACCGAAGGCGACAACACCCGAAUGGCGGAAACGACUUGUCCAUGGAGAACUGCCUUCUGGCGAGCAGCGAGAUUUGUUUGCGCCGAUAGGACUGGAAAGCGUUUUCAAGCCUCCAACACCAGGCUCAGAUACAAAACAGAAAGAUGCCUUUGCAAAGAUGAAACCGGCCGAUGAUAUGUGGGAUUUUACAAAUAACAGCUCCGCGCGCAAACACACCAGAAAGCCCAGCAAGCUUUCGAUCGAGACAUCCGGAGCGAAUAGCGAAGAUUCUCUGGACCAGGAUUCUGAGCGGUCAGAAGGAGCAGCGACAGUGCAGCGUGAUAACCAAGGACCAAUCGGAAGCCCUACACCGUCUUCAAAUGGAACUCUGGAGAUCAAGAAAGCGCCUGACAACGACGCACACGAUCUCAAUAAGAGCAGUCAUGGUGUAUCCCGGAAUGAAAACCAGAUACGCACUGCAAGCGGAUUGGAGGAUCUUCGCAAUGAAGGUAUUACGCCGAUCGUGUUCUCGCGGGUCAACACUGUGGAAGGACAGGCCACGUCGGAGGUCAUAAAGUCAGCCCUGAAACAAGUGACGAACAAGCUUGAAAGACUUUCGGUGGGUGCACGGGAGCGACCGGAUUCUAGAGCCAGCGAUAGCGUCUUGCUCCAUCAACAAAGUGAGCUCUUAGACUCUCUUCCAGAAGAUGACCUACUUGAUACCACAAGUCAUUCUUUACCUCAGGACCUUUCCACUGGCACUCUGGACUACCGAGGACGCGGCGCCUUUGCGAACCUGCGCGGAGAGCAAUAUCUAAACGACGGUCUCUUUCCGCAGCGACGGUUUUCUCCAUCCUCCUUUCUCUCUCAACGUCUUUCUCCAUAUUUGCCCUCAAACUCAAGAAUCCGCAGCUCGCCUCCCUUUUAUAACAAGAUUUCUCGUGCUACAGAACCUCCAACUUUACCAAGGCCUUCUUCUGCCUACGCUAGAGCACCCAGUGGUGACGGCAAUCCCAUUGCCAUGCCGUCUUCUGGGAGCCCUCUCAAACUUUUUGGAAACCAUGAUACCUUCACCAACAACAGGCUUCUGCGCCGAAUGAGCCAGUUUGAGGAAACGUUUGGCGAUCUGUCCGAGGAAGACGAGCCGGUUUCGCCGUCCGAAGAGGCCAGGCGCAAAGGAGAGAGUCGAAGUUUCUUGCAUGUGAGGCAGGAAACGCCUGGCGAUCGCUCCACAAGAAGACAAGAACGUCCACGCUCCCGCAACAUGAUGAAGCCUAGAAUUAGCCGAUUUGGUGACGGCGAACUCGAUCAUUUUGAUUUCUCGGACACAAGCCCGUAUGAACCCAAAUUCUUGAAUAAUGAUGUCGAAGAGUCCAACUUCCACCCCUCUUCUCGCCGAAAGCCUUCUGGUAGACGACAACACCUUCGAAAUAGUGCUUUUGGAAACCACAACCGCGACUUUGAGAUACAUAGGCCUAGCUCCAGCCGAGCAUCAAGAAUGAGGCCGCAGCCCAGCGUUAAUCAGAUGGACAAUCCAGACGACUGGGAAAAUCAAUGGACAAGGGACACCCCAGCCAAGGAUCCGAACCCGAAAAGGCGCAGAACCAUUCUCAGCCUUGAUAUGACGGGAGGUGAAAUUUACGGGGCAAGGGAGGGCAACGGUCAACCGACUGAUAAUUUGUCCCUACUGCAGAGAAGCUUGAUCCAACAUGGCAUGGAUCAUGGUAACGAGGAGUCACUUCUUCCACAAGAAUCAACACCGAGACCCAGGACUCCAACCCCAAGUCAAACAAGGUCCUCGUUGAGGAAGAGAUCUUCGUCUAACGGAGAGGGUGAUCUAAACGCCCGCAUAGGCGCAAGGUCUCCCCAGGAGGCGAAAAUACCGAUGGUGAGGGUGACAGGCGUCAAUGAACAGAUCCGAAAGGGGUCAAUCACGACACAAGACUUUUUGAACGAAGCGACGAAAAUUAUGGACAUAAUCCGAGCAAAGGGCAAGCCCGCUGGCGGCCUCUCGAGCGUCGAGGAGUCUGAUUCCGAAGGUGAUGAUGCCGAGACUUAUGAAGAUGAGUCAACUCGGGAAGAAUUCUCGCGCCCUCCCAGUCGUGAAGGUGUAGAUAUACGCAAAUUACGAGAGCCUAAAGAGCCUAAUCCUCGAAUUCUGAGCCAUCUCAAGAGAUUCCAGGAACAUGAUGACCCGGAGUUUGGUGUCAACUCUUCCGUCAUGUCUCUCCACCUGGAGAAAGGUGACAGUAAAGGAGGAGAGAAUCUUGAGCACCCGAAGCGGAAACACCCUGGCAAUCCGAAUGAGGAACGAAAUACUGAUGUGGACCCUCCCCUGACGAUGGACACCCAUGUUUCCUCCAAAAGCCUGAGCUCGCGCUCAAUACCCACUGCCUCUUCUUUCAGCUCACAUGCGAAGGGAGUGUUGUCUUCCGAUAUUGUAUCGCGUUUGAUCCCCGAACAGGUGAACGGGUUUACUUAUGAUCGUUCCAAGCACCAAUGGGUCAAAGAAAAGCACGAACAGUCCCAAGAGAAGCCGAAGGGUGACGAUAGCGAGGAGGACCCUUUCAAGGAUAUCCCUGACCUCAGCGUCGACGAACUACAGGAAAUGAUGAGGGUACACAGUUUAUCCUCGCCCGACAAAACAAAAAGUCUUCCUCCGAGCCAAAGAGGUGGAAAUCUCACAAGUUCCGUCGGUACCAAAAUAUCCGACUCGAAGUCUGGCUCUGGCUCACAACCAGCUGUUGUCGAGGCGCCGGCUAGCGGUAGUACUCUUCGUUCCAAGUUGACUCGGUUUACUUCUAGCGCGCCGAAUUCAGAAACGGGAGCCACUUUAUGGGGUACGGACGAGCAGAAAGACACUGAAACUUCAAGCGAAGUUGAGCACGAGAUCCAGCUCCAUGAAGGGCGGUUGUCAAAGCCUCCACGACAUGAUAGAGACAUUCAUCAUCAGGCCCGGGUCGUAACGAUCAGCUUUUCUUCUCCUCUAGUUUCCCAUAUUGUCUACAAUGAUGGAAGCCAAACAGGAUCCGUACGUCACGCGGCGAAUACGAUCGAACAAGGUGCUCAAACUAUAGCACAAGGGCCACACGGCCGCCCACGGCCUACCCGACCUUCUCAACUUAUCAAAGACCGUGGCUCUCCCGGAGGACAGGCUCUCCUACGACAUUUGCUCUCCAAAACAGAAGAUAAGAGUGAAUUUGCGGACAAUGAUCUCAGCAUACUCCGAGGAGAUUCCGGGGACAUAGGGUCUACUCCUGACAAGGAUCAUCCAGAGAACUCCAUGAUGUACCUCACACAAACUGGCUCGGAUACAACAUAUAGUUUCCAUCUCAGUCCUCUGCCUGACUUUACCGCCGACGGGAUUGACCAGCCAUUACACCUUGAAUUGAGUUAUGUCGCUCAGCGCACGCGCUCUACAUCCUUGCGCCAAAUCCAUGGGACGUUUGCUCUGGCGACUGAGGAUCUGGUCAAGCACUUGACCGAAGCGGAACCUUUUGAACCGUACUGGGAUCAUGUACGGCGCUUGGUCCUUCGAGACAAAGGGCUGAUAACGCUGCACAAAUUGAACGAGUUCUGUCCGCGUCUAGAAGACCUUGACGUCUCGGACAAUGAGAUAGGUCAGCUUGGUGGUGUACCUCUGAGCUUGAGGACUCUCAGAAUACCAUGGAAUCGUCUUUCGAACUUGACUGCGUGGGGCCAUUUGGUUAACCUACAGUAUCUGGAUGUAUCCAACAAUGAGCUGGACAGCCUGGAUGGCUUCGGUAGUCUUAUUCAUCUGAGAGAGCUCAAAGCAGACGGAAACAAUAUCCGGAAUAUUGAUGGUAUACUUGACCUGAACGGCCUUUUGACCUUGAAGCUGAGUAACAACUCACUCGCGGCGAUUGAUUUUGCCACUGGGGAAUUGACUCGCUUGCAAGAACUAGACCUGAGUCACAACCGGCUGGUAUCCGUUCGACACCUCGACUCCCUCCCAUCCUUGUCAAAGCUUGACCUCAGCUCCAACCAGCUGAAGCAGAUCGAUGUAUCAGCGCCCUUGCGGAUGCUACGAUCACUGAAGCUUGCAAAUAACCAGCUUCAGACUCUCGAUGUCAGCAUGUUUUCGUCUUUGAACCUUCUCUAUAUCGAUCAGAAUUUUCUGUCUACGGUAUUCGGUCUAGAACGGUGCCGCGCCUUGGAGAUUUUAUCAGUUCGUGAGCAAAGGUCGGGCAAUGAGAAAAAUACAUACCUGGACAUCGACCUAGGAAAAGUCAAAGACAUCCGCAAGGUAUUUCUUUCUUCGAACAAACUAUCGACGCGGGCUCUCUCACCCUCCGCUCCACUUUUGGGCUUACAACUUCUCGACGCUGCCUCAUGCAAUCUCCAGAGUCUACCUGCAGAUUUCUCCUCAAACUUUCCCAACCUAAAAGUUCUGAACCUCAACUUCAAUUCGUUAAGCAGCGUCACUGAAUUGGUGGGCUUGAAUUGCCUUUCCCGGCUGGCUAUUGCUGGCAAUUCUAUCGUACGAAUGAGAAAGCUCUGUCAGGUUCUGAGUCGAAUGGGACGAACCAGACAGGGACAGGGUUGCUCUCUUCACAAGGUCGACCUGAGGGGAAAUCCCCUUACAUUGCGGUUCUAUCCACCGGCUCUGACUGGGAACGGGAAAGAUGUUGGCAAAAGGAGGAUAAGAGCAAUUCCGGAAGAACGCAAGAAGAGAGCAAUGGAUGGCUUAGAUCUUGCCUCUGCCCUAGCUGAUGUAGGGCCGCAUGAAGGUGAUAUGCGUCCGACGCUAUGGGCGACAACUGCCGAAACAGAGCAAGAAAUCGACGAUCCAUACACUCUGCCAACCGCAGAUGCGCAGGCAGACCAGAAAUACCUCUCCCAUCUGGAUGAUGCAACACGCCUUCGCCGCAAAAUAUUUGAGCUCAUGCUGUACGCUGGAACCGGCGGUUCGAUCAAGAUCCUGGAUGGGUUGGAAUUUCGGCCUGUACUAACCGAAGGUUCCGAUAUGGACCACGCAUGGUCGAAACUGGAGCAACUCGGCGUGCUGAAGAAAAAGGCUAUCACUCAAUAA